AUGGCUCUCGUCUGGCUGAUGCUGCUGUUGUCAGCCCACCUCGCUGACUGCGUCCCAGAGAAACCGAAGCGAUCGGCUCUGAACCAGCUGACCAGGACCCUGCUGAGGAGGUACGACUGUGGCGUCCGCCCGGUCCACAACUGGACCAGUCCCACCACCGUCUACAUAGACCUGCUCCUGCAGUCUGUGCUCGAUGUGGAUGGAAAGACGCAGAGCAUCACCACCAGUAUUUGGUACCGACAGGUCUGGAGAGAUGAGUUCCUGGUUUGGGAUCCUGAGGAGUUUGAUGGGAUCAAUGAGAUCUCACUGUCAUCUGAUGCCAUCUGGAUACCCGACGUCAUCGUCACGGAAUUCGUGGAAGAGGGGAAGUCUCCUCCAAUCCCAUACGUCUAUGUCAACUCCUCCGGCUCAGUGAAGAACUACCGGCCCAUACAGGCGGUGCUGGCCUGCAGUCUGGAGCUGUACGCGUUCCCAUUCGACCGGCAGAACUGCAGCCUCACCUUCCGCAGCUGGCUGCACUCAGUGAGAGAGAUUGACCUGGCCCUGUGGAGGAGUGCUGAGGCCGUCGCUAAUGAUAAGGGGGAGUUCAUGGAUGACGGGGAAUGGGAGCUGCUGUCCGUUCCGACACGCUACUGGAGGAUCCGUCAGGACGACAGCGACUACGCCCACAUCCAGUUCAAUGUGUUGAUCCGCCGGCGCCCCCUGCUGUACGUGGUGGGCCUCCUCAUCCCCAGCGUCUUCCUCAUGCUGGUGGACGUGAUCAGCUUCUCUCUGCCUCUGAACAGCGGCACGCGCAUCGCCUUCAAGAUCAGCAUCCUGCUGGGAUACACGGUGUUCAGGGUCAACCUGACGGACGAGCUGCCCGUCACCGCCGUCAGGACUCCGCUCAUCGGCGUGUUCUUCGUGGUGUGCAUGGCCCUGCUGAUGCUCAGCCUGGCCAAAUCCAUCCUGGUGGUGAAGCUGCUCCACCACAGCGAGAAGGAGGUCCGGCAGAUGUCGGUGUCCGCCUGCCUGCUGGACAAGUACGGCUCGGCCGGCCGCGGCUUGGCCGGGAGCGCCCUGACCUCCAGCAAAACCCUCGAUCACGUCCACCAAGACGCAGAGUAUGAGCUUGAGAACUCACUGGAGGAGGAUCUACUGUCGCUGAACGAGAUCCAGGAGGCUCCCUCCGGACUGGAGUGGCUCCUCCGGGAGCUGGUCUCCCUGCGAGCGGCGCUGUCCCAGGAGGACGGCGAGUCCUCCACGCAGGCCGGCUGGCUGGAGCUCUGCCGCCGGCUCGACCGCCUCCUGUUCCGCCUGUACCUGCUGGUCCUGGUGCUGUACGCCGGCACGCUGCUGCUGCUGUGGGCCAGCUGGAGCUUCGCCUGA